AUGGUAGAUGGAGCUGUUGUAACUAAGCAUCCGUCUGUGAAGCUACUAUCACACAAGCAGAUAAAGACAACGAUAUAUGUCAAAUCUAAGACGCCCUAUGUGUCGGCGUUGAAAAGGACAAACAAGUUCUUACGCCAGUUGAAAAGACACGGGGCCGAAUAUGUUACUAUAAUGGGCAUGGGGAAGGCAGUGGAGAAAACGCUGGCAAUUGGGUGUCACUUCCAGGAGGAAAAGGGCAAGAAAGUUAUAGUCUCAACCCAGAGUGUUGAUGUUCUAGAUGAGAUUGCUCAAGAGAGCGCUUAUGAAAGUUUAGAGGAUGUCGAAGAGGAAGAUAUGGAAACUACGCUACGAAAAAGGACAACUAGUGGUGUGAUAGUACGAAUCUAUCCCUAA